ACAUUCAACUCUCGUUAAUUAUAGCGGUGAAACGAAAAAAUCCAAAAAAACUUUAAGAUGAAUAAAUACAUUUUAGCAUUCGCUUUAAUCCUUGUUGUGAUUGCCACAGCUAAUGCACAAUGCAGACCCCAAUGUCGUCGUAACAAACCAAGCCCUUCGGUUUGUAUAAGAGAGAGGGGUACUGUGAAUAGUUGCCGCAGAUUACGGGAGUGCAAGUUCCGCGAAGAGAACUGCAGACUUAAGUCUAUUGGUCAACCACCACUCAAGAAAACAAGCCAGAGCAGAUGUCGCAACAUUCAAAAAGAUGGAAGCGGACUCUGUGCUGGAAGAAAGAAGAGAAGUACUAAACGCUGCAGAUUACCUUGUUCUGAGAAGAAGACUGUUAACUGUUACUGGAGCAAAGCCAACGAUUGUCGUUUGAUGACCAAUUGCCAAGCUAGACGCGCUAAUUGCUUGAGAGGUUCCCGUAACCAACUCAUGCUCGUGAGCCGUCGGGGUUGCCAUGGCAUGAAGUUGGGUGAAAAAGCACGUGAAUGCCGUAAAUAAGCACUGGUAUUUUAUAACCACCAAAGGAUGAUUCUACAUUCACAACGUACUACAUGGCAUAAAUUCAAUAAAAAGUAAUAAUGAUAAAAAAUUGUAAAAAUAUACAUAAAAAUUU